UAAACCAAAAAUAAAUGGAUUAUUAUGAAUUUUAAACUAUAGAAAUUGGCCACAAAAUAGCCUGAAGACACUAGUGACACCUACGAAGUACACUUUACAUUUGUCACCUCCUUGCUGCCACCUCUUUGAAGAAGAUGUUGACUCACAGGUACCUUAGAUUAAAUAUAAUCAACGUCAAACAAAAUUCACCUCUAAUCAGCCAGUAAUAGGAGCCACUCAAGGUGAGGCAAGUCACGCCCAAGUCAACCUCGAAUAAAAACUACUUGCAUCAUAUUCACCAUCGCAUUACCUCGUCCACCUCCCGCGCGGCCGGUCGCUUUCGAAAGAAAACUCAUUCCAAAUUCAAAAUCUCCCGCGCACUCAAACCACCUUCGACCACUUUCUCGAACGCACGCGUCUGAAAAAAAAAUCAAAAUGAGCAAAGAGGACAUGUACAAAGGAGUUCUCUACAUCCUCAACAUAGUCUACGCGGUGUUCGGGCUCGCGUCCGCCGCGACUGGCAUAUGGUUUUUCGUGCAGCUCAGUGAAUUCGUCUCGCUAAGGAACACUAACCACUAUUUACUAGACUACAGAGUCUACUGGCCUCAAGUGGCGCCAUGGCUGUUCAUCCUUCUCGGACUGUUCAUCAUGUUUGUGGCGUUCUGCGGCUGGUGCGGUGCCAACCGGGAGAGCCGCGGCCUGGUCGGGGUCUACGGAUCCUUCCUCGUCCUCAUCAUCUUGCUCCAAGCCAUCGCUGCGGUCCUGGUAUUCGUGUUCGUCGACGGAGAAGACACUGACAGAUUCAUCAAGGACACCGUCUACGAUGGAUACUACAACUCUCAGCAGAACCCUGACGUGUUCAAAGCCUUCGGAAGGAUCGAACGCAAGUUGAAGUGCUGUGGCGCCAACGAUGCAAGAGACUACAGGUCUUGGAGAAACGACCUGCCUCUGACGUGUUGCUUCGACAGCUACUACAGAGCAACCUGCGACUUUACCGACAAAGAAGCGAACGAGAGAUUAGGGUGUGCGAAAGUGGCUUCGGUUUACGCGAAAAUCAUCAGCUCGUCUGUCGCUGGUGUGUCGUUAGUGAUGAUUUUAGUGGAGAUCAUAGGGUGUGUGCUGGCCUGGAAACUGUUUGGGGCGUUUGAAGAGGUCGAGCAUUAUUUGCCGGAGAAGAAGGAAGGCGAAACGGAGUGUUGAGUUCGGUAAACAGUGUUUUCAGCCAGUAUUAUUUUUGCCGCCAAUUUUUGACGUCUGUCACUAAGUGAUUCCCAAGACGCCGCCAUAUUGAAUUUUCCGAUACGAACGAGUUUUUCGAAUGAGUUUUUAUUUAGUGUAGAGUUUACGUGCCUACUUAGUUGUGAAUUUACGUUUAAAUGGUAGUAAUGUGCAGAUUGUUAUAAAUUAUUUCAAUGUAUCUAUAAGUGCGUUGUCAUAAUAUUAUUCUACAUACAUAUAAAUUAUGCUAAUAAUUAUAUUCUAAUGGAAUGGAGUUCCAUGUCUCUUCUUUACGAAGAAAAUCAGGAAUCUUUAUUCGCAGUUAAAUUAAGAUUGUAUCACUGUGGUUUUUGGCACUCUUUAUUAUUACAAAGUAGCCUACAGUUUCGAUCUUUUACGCAUCAUAACAUAAUAUAUGUAUGUAGUGUCUAUCCUAUAUUUUACCCCAAUCUAUUGUUUAUGUAUAUGGUAAUAUAGGAUUCAGUGGACUCGAACCCUUAUUUAUAUCGCCUUAAGAUCAAAUUCCCUUAGACCAAGCGUGGCCACUGCAAGUAAUUGUCAAUUAACUAAUUCAGUGCCAAAAGCAGGAGAUUAAAUUAAGCUCAGCACAUUCACUCCUUAAUGCAAUUUCUUCUUCUUUAUUAGCACCAAUUAUACUUUACACUAUCACUUUAAAUGGACACAAUUAUGGUCCCUAAUUCGCCUGGACGCCAGGCUAUGACCCUUCACCAAUUUAUUUGAUAUCAGACUUAAUCGAGCAUUUCCUUUGUGAGUAUUAUGAUUCAUAUUUAAGACGUCCACCCACAAGUGCCAUUGUGUGGUCCUUAUGGCCAUAGUUUUUAAAGGUGUUGUUUGUUUGGUUUCUCCAGUAGCUUUAAGGUCGUUUUUUUAGUGUCACGUUUAUGAAUUACUAAGACUGUAUGAAUCUCUUCUGACCUUAUCAACCUCUUGGUCAGUAAUGUCACGUGUCGGAUUACGUCAUUAUUUAACAGGUCCUUCUUUGUAUUGACAUUUUUUUUUUCACCUGCUAUUUUUAUAAAUUCAUUUUUUAAGUCCAACGCUUUCUGUAUAGCAGUUUUCGCCUUGUGAAAGUUGUGUAAAGAUUUCUGAAGACUCUCUAAUUAUGUUUUCACGACUCAAGACUUCGUAUUUCUUUAUUUUUUAAAUUUAUGUAUUUACUUUAACUGCUCUUCUUUAUGGCUUAAGGAAAUUACGGUAUAUUUUCCAUAUUUAAGUAAAUUUUUCAUCUCAUAGUAAUAUCACUGCAUAAUUAUUUUUAAUAAAUCCAACCAUGGUUACCAAAAACACAUGUCUCAUCAAGAAAGCUGUUCAAUUAUUUCAAUUCAAGGUUCUCAAUAAAUAUAUUUCUCAAUAUCUACCGAUUAAACUUUAAAUUCAUCAUGUAAUUUCGUAAUUCUCUCAAAUAUGUAAACAAGUGGUUUAGAGUUGUGAAGUCUCGGUAAGAUGUUGAUUUAAAAGGUUUUUUUUUAUGGCAAAGUUCUUGACCUGAAUUCUAUGGUAUGUCUCUCGCUUGCUCGGGCCUAUUUUGUACCUUAGCGAAUGACCUUUAGAGGAAAAAAACAAGUUUCUUUCGUAGGUUUGUGCUCCAAUUUGACAAUGGCCUGUCAUUGGUGAAUUUUGAACGAUGUUUUUUAAUGUAACGUUAAUUAAGUACCUAUUAUUUUUUGUUAUGAUGUUUUUUUUUGUAUAACUCUGUCUAAAUCAUUUAACUUAUGUAUAAUUUGCAUGUACGCAUAUUCAAUCACCUAUCUGUCAUUGAUGUGGUCAGUGGUUUUUAUUUUUCCCUGAUAAAAAAAAACCGAUGAAUGCUUCACCUGAUUCAUAAAACUAUGUCAUUGAGCAGCUAAAACGCGCAGCUUAUUGUGGCCAACUUAUUGUGAUGACUUCAAAGGGACAAGCACUGAGGUAUGAAUAGGUAACCCACCUUUAUGAGCAAAACUUGUUAGAACAUACAUAAAACUUUACAAAAGUCAGCUUUAAGUUAGUGGCAAUAGAGGCUGAUUUAUUUGAACAGAGUUUUGAGUCUGAGGUCAUCAUUGGACAAAUACUUACCUAUACGCCGAUGGUGUAACUUCUAUAGGUACAACUUCUAUCUGACUGUCUAUGUCAUAAUGUUUGAGUUUUGUAACUUUUUUUGACAGUUAUUCAUUGGGCAAUGUAUUUACUUUGUCCUUAGCCACUUGCUUACGUUUUUCUAUCGUUAUGUUGGUCUCUUAGUACUAAAUGUAGUCUACCUAGUUUGUUGGUCUGUACCUAACACUAAGAUUUAUAUUUCCAAGGCGAUAUACAAGUAUGCAUUUGCGUGUUUAAUGUAAUUUUCACAUACUUAAUACUUACUUUUAAUAGUUGUUUACGUUAUAACAACUUUUAGUAGUUUUAAAGUAAAUAUUAUUAUUAUUUUAUGCACCUAGUUACUUUGUUAGAGUCAUAUUCACUGCCUUUUUAUAUGUUUUUGCGUAAUCUAUGUAUAUUUCUAAAACUUUCAGACCUAUUUGAAGUCCUACUUAGCAUGGCAGUUAGAAAUUGCUUUUUUUCUUGGUUACUUGUUAUUACGUUUAUUUAUUUUAUAUUGUUCAGUACAUAUCUAUAAAAAUAUCUACCUGCAAUCAUAUUCUUAACUAUUUGAUUUAUGUAUAAGUAUUCUUAUCUGUGUGAAAGGUUAUUGAUUGUAAUACACUCACGGGCAAUGAAAAGGUUCCACUGAGAAAAGCACCAAAUUACUCCUAAACUGAACAGGCUAUAGCUUAAUGACGCCUUCUGCAACAUUGAAGUACAUUUAACAGAGCAUCAGGAUGUUACCAAAUAAAAACGGUAAUAUUAUGUUCAAAUUUUAAAUGAAAUGUUUGAAAAAAAAUGGGUCGUUUGAUGUCGGCAUUUUGUGAGUGGAACUUUUUCAUUGGCCGUGAGUGUAAGUGUGUUUAAAUACUAUAUAUAGUAGGUUGUAUUUUUUUAAAAACUUUUAAAUUAUACUUAAGUACAUUUUAUACUAUUCUAUUUACCCACCUUUUAAUUAUACCUACUUGUGUAAUGUUUACUAUGAUAUUAAUAUGAAAUCUCAUGUACCGUCCGAUCGUAGCUAGUUGUUAACAUUAACAUUUGAAAUAAAAUUAGGUUUCGUGUAAAGUACCUAUGUUACCCGAUUGCCAAAGACAAAUUGUUAUAACAGUAGAAAGAAUUUUAUCUAUUUACACAAUAAGUAUUUUUAAACAAAUCUUUUUUGCAUGCAAAAAAAAUAAAAACUUAUUUAGGUAAAUUACCAAUUUGUAUUUAAGAUUAAAUAUGAAUAAUUUAAAGUAAUUAUUAUUAGUUUUAUAAACUUGUUUAAGUUAAUUGAAGCUAGUCUUAAGGAAGUUUCAUUUAUAUUAAAUAAAUACUUACUUGCGUAAUUUUCUUA